AUGAAGAUGAACAAGUCGAAAGAAGAGAUCGUCAAUACAGGACACCCUCACAAUACAGAACCCGGUGAAACAUUCCUCAGCCUACUCACUUAUACCUCGGAUUUGCAAACUGCGGACCGCGCGGAACAAUCCACCGUAAAAUGCCAUCAACCGAUUCCUACUAGUUCACCGUUUUUCCUGCAUGACUCUUCGUCUGGUGGAGACACAAGUAUCCAGUCCUAUUUGGGUCAGGGCCGACCUGAGCCGAUGGACGGGGGAGCCGAGGAGAGUUCGAAUGAAGGCUACUACGCAUGUGGAAUAGAUAAAGCGACCUCCUUGUGUAGAUCAUGUCACGAGGAUAGUGCAUUUGACAGAACCACGCAUAUUCCGGUUAUGGGACUUCCGGAACCAAACCAGGGGACGUGUAUGGACUCUGGACGAAUAAAACCUGGCGGCCUGAUAACGAGCGGACCUAACCGACAGCAACAACAAUCACAACAACAGCAUGCAGCGUACAGCACGGAAGUACUGACCCCAAAAUUGUUUCUAACACAUCCUGCCAGCAGCCGAAAUCCGAUAUCGGAAUAUCAAGAUCUAGGCUUGAAUACAUUUCCCUCACCCAUAAUCCGUUCGUACAUUCCGUGUGAAAUGACGAUCCCUAAUUCAUUCCGUACAAAUAACUCCAUAUCUAAUCAAACUUACACUACGUCGUACUGUCACAGUCCCACAACCAUGAUACCCUCUUCAGCAGCGAUUCAAGGUAGACUGGAUCACUUCUCGCCGAAACACUUUUCCAGUGCACAUCCACCUCCAUAUCACGGAUUGCCAAACGACUCACAGGCAAGCAACUUAAUGAAAACAAAAGGUUAUUAUCGAUGGAAUUACGAUCAUUUUCCAGGAAUGAACUGUCCCGAGACCUCUCGUUUACCAAGCCCUGCAACUGUGCCCAUGAAUUAUUGUUGGGCAAACCGUCCACAAAAGCCCCAUUGCUGCACUCAAUGGGCUGAAAAGAAAGCUUCAGUUAGCCGUUCUACUGCAGACCGACAACUUCCUGCCACUUCACACUGUAUGCAAGCGUGUGCCACACAUCGUGACCCGACGUCACAAAAGCAUCACAACCUCAUUCUUGGACCGUGGGGGCAGUCUACGUCUGAUGUACAUAUGAGUAAUUUGCAUUCUUAUCAAACGGUGACUGCACAUCGUAGAGCCAAUUCAGUUAAACGAGUUUCUCGACGUCGUUGUCAAUGGGCCAGAUCUCGCAACCCGCUGGGAUCUAGGUCGGACGACAUGAGAAGCGCAUGUUCAGGAGAAUCUUUCGCAUAUCCCAUAUCCAUGAUUUCGUGUCCUUCUGAAGGAUGUCGUGAGACCGGACUGAAGUGGGACCGAGAAGCUCUUGCCCAAGUAAUCCCCACAGUCAGUCCAGAAAUUGCUUUGCAGUGGUUAACCUCUGACUUGCCACUGUUUCAAAGUGUUUGCAUCGUCAAUCUAACAAACAAAUCUCCUGGUUUUGGCUUAAGUCCAGCCGGGGAAUCUGUACAAUUGAGAUUAAAAGACGCAAAAACCUGGGCUCAACUUCACGCGUUUGGUACGGAAAUGAUUGCGACAAACACUGGAAGACGCGUAUUCCCCUCUCUUUCAAUUGACGUAACGGGAUUAUGUCCAAUGGAAACGUACAUGUUCAUUCUUGAUAUGACACUUGUACAACCACACGUAUUUAAACACCAGGGUGGACAGUGGAUGAUCAGCAGUCAAGCCCCGGAUCCGAAGUUAUCGGAACGACAACAUUCGCCGCAUGUAUAUGUUCAAGAGGACUCUCCAAAAUUAGGCUCCUACUGGAUGGAAUCAGGAGUGAACUUCACCCGCGUGAAAAUCACCAACAAUCGCAAUCAUCACAAUCCAAAUGUUAUUCAUGUAUAUAGUAUGCAUCAGUAUGCGCCGCGGUUUACCAUCUUUCGUGUGACAAAUCCCACAAUGGUUCGAACCGUUGCACACGGAGAAAACAGCAGUUCAAGUGUCUACGGGACAAAUGUGACAGAUGUGGGUCAGAACCAUUUGGAACUCGUUGGUAGUUACCUUAUUCCUGGCACCCAAUUCUACACCGUGACUGCUUAUCAGAAUCCCGAAGUGAUCCGAGUAAAAAUUGAGAACAAUCCGUUCGCCAAAGGGUUUCGCAAUAGACAGAUGCAACAUGUGGACAUGGGUGACAUGUUAUCUGUCUAUCACCAUGUAUCUUCUGGACUGGAAACGGAACAGACGGCUGUAUCAGCACACAGUUCAGCCAACUCGGGUGCUUCUGUGGCCUCAUAUCUGGGCUGCUGA